ACGCAGAUCACAGUCCUGCUCUCGCGUUCGAUUUGGGGAAGGAGCCUCUCUGACUGACUGAGUGAGACUGCGCGUGUACCCUGGCUCUCGAGCGACAUCCUUAUUAUUCUGUGUUCUUCGUCUCGGCAUGAAGGUUCGGUAGACCUCGAGUGACCUCAACGAAGUCCAAAAUGAAGUUGUUAGGAAAGCGUUUUGAGCGGGAUGGGAGCGGAACCGUGACCCUCAUCCCGGAAGAACCUGAGGAUAUGUGGCACCUUUACAAUCUACUGAGUGUUGAUGAUACGCUCGAGGCAUCUACGAUAAGGAAAAUUGUUCUGGAGUCCGACACUGGAUCUACAGAUAGCAGUCGCGUUAGGAUCACGUUAUGUAUCCAAAUAGAAACUAUUGAUUAUGACACGUCGGCCUGUAUGCUGCGGGUGAAAGGACGCAAUAUAAAGGAAAAUGCGCACGUCAAGCUCGGGGCGUAUCACACGCUCGAUCUUGAACUCAAUCGCAAGUUCAAAUUGUCGAAACUCGCGUGGGAUUCCGUUCAUAUGGACAGGAUGCGGCAGGCGUGCGAUCCGACGCGCAGCGCCGAUGUCGCGGCAGUCGUUAUGCAGGAGGGAAUCGCGCAUAUCUGCCUAGUGACAACCUCGAUGACUCUGCUUCGCUCGAAAGUCGAGAUGAACAUCCCGCGAAAACGGAAGGGUUUCACGGCUCAGCACGACAAGGCCAUGUCUCGAUUCUACGACUCAAUCCUGAGAGCACUGAAACAGCACGUUGACUUCGAUGUUGUCAAAUGCGUCUUGAUAGCGAGCCCAGGUUUCACAAAGGACCACCUCUACGAUCGCCUGCUCAACAUAUCCAGUGAGCAACCGGAGCUGAAGUCACUGUUGGAUAAUCGCGCGAAGUUUGUUUUAGCUCACUCGUCUUCGGGGUUCAUGGAUUCGUUGAGGGAGGUGCUACAGGAUCCGACCGUGCAAGUGAAGCUGUGCGACACCAAAGCAUUAGCGGAGGUCAAAGCUCUCGAGCGAUUCUAUGAGUUCUUCAAAUCGGAUCCGUCCAGAGCCUUCUACGGCUGGAAACAUGUGGUGCACGCAGCGAACGCUCAGGCAGUUGACACCCUUCUCAUAUCCGACAAACUCUUCCGCUGUCAGGAUGUAGCCCAGAGGAAACGCUACGUAAAAUUAGUGGAGUUGGUGAGUGAAACUGGAGGCGAAGUAUUCAUCUUCAGCUCCCUGCACAUAUCUGGCAAGCAGCUGGAGCAGCUCACUGGACUCGCAGCAGUUCUCAGGUUCCCCAUGCCUGAGCUUGAAGACCAAGAAGUCGAUUCCGAUUCCGAUUAAAAUUCCAAGAGAGCGGUGCAAGGUGUCCCUGUCGACAUAAAUCGAACGUUUGCGGUGAUCGCCACCGAG